AUGCCACCCUUCCUCCCCCGCAAGCGCGUAUCCUCCGAGGACCCGCCCCCGGCCAAGCGCCAGGCCCGGCCCGAUAAUCCUCAAGCACCUCCCCAAGCUACCAAUGCUCCGUUCCACCUCUCCGACUCCGACUCCGACUCCAACUCUUUGAGCGACGCACCUGAAGGUCUCCUCAACAAGAGCGAUGCACUCCAGGCGUCUGAUGAAUCCGAAGAUGAAGAAGAGGAUAUCGACUGGGAGGACGCGAUAGACGCGAAGACCAGCGCCAUUACACCUACUGUCGCAGCUCCGGAGCUACAGGACCUAGAAUUGACCCUAGAUCAGAAUGAGACACACGUGUCUGAUCUUCUGGAUGGUAAAAAGGGGCCUAGUAAGAUCGAACGCCAAAUCCGGAUCCAGACACACUGUAUGCAUGUUCAAUGCUUGCUUUUCCACAACGCUAUCCGCAAUGCCUGGAGUAAUGAUUCCAAAGUCCAUGAGAUCCUGCGCAAAAAGUUGCCGGAAGGGAUCCACAAGGAAGUCAAGAAAUGGCGCAUAGCGUCGGGCUUAGAACUACCAGAGCCAAAACCUGAGCCGCCCAAGAAUAAGAAGAAGGGCAAAAAGGCCCAGAAGAAUAAAGACUGGAGUGAUGGCUCGGAACGACUGGAGCCAGGCCAGCCGGACAUGAGCCGUGGCGAUCCUAUCAUUACGUUGAUCAAGGUGCUGGUCGCAUACUGGAGGAAGCAGUUUCGCAUCACUGCGCCUGGACUGCGAAAGUAUGGAUACCGACCAGUAUCUGCUCUUGAAACUGCAAUCACCGAAUUUCGCGAGGAAGAGCAUGACCCAGAGCGCCAUGGUGAGCGUAUCGCCAACCUUGACGAAUUCCGCGCGAUCGCCGAGAGUAUGCAGGGAUCGCGGGACGUUGGCGCACAGCUCUUCACGGCUCUCGCUCGCGCUUUAGGCAUUGAGGCCAGACUCGCAGAUAAGGAACCCGAGAAUAAAGGGGAGUCGGAAGGAUCCGAGUCUGAUACUGAUGCAGCUGAAAAUAAAGUAUCAGCGAAAGGGCGCAAACAGUUUGAUAAGGAUUUGCCAUUUCCUAUCUACUGGACAGAAGUUGCCUCACCCGUCACGAAUGAGAUUAUAUCUGUCGACCCGCUUGUACUUUCCAACCCUGUGGCGCCAUUUGCAGAUACAGACCUACAAGCAAACUUCGAGCCUCGCGGUGCAAAAGCAGACCGGGCCAAACAAGUCAUAUGCUACGUUGUUGCCCACUCAUCAGAUGGUACCGCUAAAGAGGUCACAACAAGAUACCUUCGACGGCGGACCUGGCCCGGCAAAACGAAGGGCUUCCGAAUACCCUUGGAAAAAGUACCAGUAGGACCGCGCGGGCACUACAUCGCCUUCGACUGGUUCGGGAUGGUAAUGCGCGGGUACCAGCGAGCCCGCAAGAGCAAAACAGCAGUCGACGAACUCGAAGAAACGCGAGAUCUACAACCCAACCAGCCCGAGAAAAAGAAAACAACCCAAACCGUCGAUACCAUCCAAAGUCUCCGAACAUCGACCGAAUUCGUGCUAGAGCGCUUCCUCCGCCGCGAAGAAGCCCUCCGCCCCGGCGCCGAGCCCGUCCGAACCUUCAUCGCGGGAAAAGGCGCCCGGGCUAAAGAGGAACCAAUCUUCCGACGAGCAGACGUGCUAAAAUGCCUCUCCACCGAAAGCUGGCACAAAGAAGGCCGCCAACCGAAACCGGGCGCGGUAGCCCUCAAGCGCGUACCUAUCCGCGCCGUGACGCUCAUGCGCAAACGCGAAGUGGACGAACUGCACCGCCAGACCGGCGAGAAACCACUGCAAGGUCUGUACGCGCGACACCAGACAGAAUAUAUUAUCCCUCCGCCUAUUCAGGAUGGCCGCAUCCCCAAGAAUGAAUAUGGUAACAUCGACUGUUUCGUGCCGAGUAUGGUCCCCGCCGGCGCGGCGCAUGUCCCGCUACCUGGUACUGUGCGCGUGUGUAAGAAGCUUGGCAUUGACUAUGCGGAGGCAGUGACGGGGUUCGAAUUUGGGUCGAAGAUGGCUGUGCCGGUUAUUCAGGGUGUUGUUGUUGCGGCUGAGAAUGAGGGUUUACUUAGGGAUGCUUGGAAGGUUGAGGCUGCGGAGAAGAGGAAGAAGGAAGAGCUUAAGGCGGAGAAGAAGAUUCUACAGACGUGGAGGAAGUUCUUAUUCGGGUUACGGAUUAUGGAGCGGGUGAGAGAUGAGUAUGGGGGUGGGGAUCCAGAUGCUGAUCGGGAGCGCGAUUCGCAUAAUCCCUUCGCUGCGCAGAAGAAAAAGCGGGAGGAGGAAUCGGAUAAUGAUGGCGAUGACGAAGAGAUGCCUGAUCGGGAGUCGUCAUAUAAUGCGAUUGAUCAUGGUGGUGGCUUUCUUCUUCCUGGUCAUGAACAUGACGCAGACGAUGGGUUGAUCGUCGAGCACCAUGACCAGAAACGGAGUAAUGCAGGUCCAUCCCAAACUGAUGCCAAUGACCCCGAUGACAACGAGCCAGUCGAAUCUGGAUCGCCUGCUGCAGACUCCCCGCCUGUGUCUAUCUCCUCGGGUUCAGACAAUGAGGUAGAUAAUGGCGAGGGAGAAGUCGCAGAACCUGAAUAUGUACCUCGCCCGACACGACGAACGCGAGGCCGUUGA